AGAUGGAUCCUUGAGCUCCUCAGGUUCUUUGCCGCCGCGACGAGCUUGUCCACCGGCGCGAAGUGUGGGUGUUUUUUUAUCACAGUUCUCGUUGUCUUCCGGUACUUCCGUCUCUGCCUCCGUUUUCUGGAGCUGCGGCACUGUCAGCAGAGGUUCCUUGGCUAACCGCAAUGACCGGACGGCAGAAGCUACGGAAUGGCACGUGGAUCAUUCCUGGAACUGGCGAGCGCUCACAGCGGCAGUUCACUCUUCGAGCCCCGAACCUCGAUGGCCCCGGCGAUGGCGAUGGCAUGCGCUCCCUUCUCGAGCAGGAGACGAUGGGUGAGAAGCUCCGAGUCUUGACACAUAAUGCCAGGGUUGGCGCAUAUGAUGCAUGGGUAUGGUUGAAGUCUGAGAAAGGGAAGGGAACACUCAAGUGUUCUGUUGCAUAUCUGUUUGCUAGCCUGUGGACCUUCUACCCGCCGUUCGCGAGGUUCCUGGGCCCCAUGGACGGCAAGCACAUCGUUGCCACCAUUACGGUAUACUUCCACCCGUGGAGGACGACGGGAUCCCAAAUCGAAGCAGUGGCGAUAGCUGUCGUGGCAGUACUGUACGCUAUGCUUGUUGGGACCUUGUCCAUGCUCACCUCUGUCGUCGUUGGAUCUUCCUGGCACCAGGUUAAGCUCUCUUAUGCCCUGAUUCUCCUGAUUUUCAUCGGUGGUGGCUUGGGGUUCAUCGGAUGGGUCAAGCAGAAGCUGAACAACCCGCUUGUUAGCGUCGGGGUUAGUAUCGCGUCCAUCGGUAUCAUCACUAUCGUGACCAAGGAGAACUCUGUUCACAGUGGCGUCUUCAGCAACCAGAAGAUCGUCCAGUCCCUCAAAAUUUUGCUAAUAGCCACGACCAUUACUACUAUCGUCAAUCUGCUCCUUUGGCCGGUAUCAGCGAGGAUUGCGCUGCGAAACACCAUGCGUAAGGCUUCCGUGUCACUUGGUGAUAUGCUGUCCACGGUUGCUAGAGGCUUCCUUAGCGGCGCUGAGGACAACCUGGGCUGUGGGGGUUUCGCUAAGUCAGCCGCUGCUUACAACGUUAUUAUGACGACCAUGAAUAAGAACUUGCGGGAAUCAAAAUACGAGUAUUACUUUGUUGGGCGCGAGGAGGUGUACAAGAACGAUAAGGCUUUGGUGAGAUCCAUGGAGCGCCUUGCACAAUCUCUCGGCGGCCUAAGAAGUGCGGCGAAUACUAAGUUCGAGUUAUUGGAAGAGAAGACGAACGGCGGAACAUUCAGUGGGAAUAUGUCUCCCACCAAGAUCAAUUCUCCAACUUUGGGUCGUUCUACGUCAGGUCCAUUGAAAAGCGGAAGUAAAAUCGACUUACUUUCAUCCAUCGAUGAAGCUCCAGAUGAGCGCAGCGAUGUUGAGGAUGACCCUUUGCCAACUCUUUUCCGUGAAGCACCUCCCUCGCUAGCUUCAGGAGGUCUGCCUCCAGAUGCUCUUAGGACACCAUCCGAGAUAUUUGAAUUAUUCAUCACUCGUCUUGGGCCUUCAAUGAAGUCGCUUGUUCAUACAUUGUCGCAAAUACUUCAAGACCCACCAUUUGGCGCUCCAGGAUCCCCCAUCACCGUCAACGAGCAGUACAAGCAAAGUGUGGAAGAGGCACUCAGUUUGUUCAAUUCAGCAAGAGCAAAGGCACUUGAAGAGCUUUACAGAAUCAUAGAGCUCGAUAGAUCAAGACCAGAGAAUGUCCAGGCAGAUUACGAGGAAGUUGCGGCUGCUUGUGGUCACUUUUCGUUCACCCUACUCAGCCUGGGGGAUGAAAUGCAGAGAUACUUGGACUCUCUGGAUGACUUGGAAUACGCCACAGAACAGAAUCGUCGCAGCUGGAACUUCUUGAAGUUCUGGAAUUAUAUCCAAUUGCGAAACAAGCAGGCUAUUCAAGAUCCCGAGCAGGAUCCCUUCAUCAAGCCAGUGAAAUCUCUCCGGAGGUCAGCUCUUCCGAAAGGCAUACCUGACGACAUGAUGAAACGGCGAGACUCAUUUAGCUGGGACGCUGCACCUCAAGCAAGCCAGUUCUUACGAAAUACGUCUCAAAGGCUGUUGAAACUUGGCCGAUUCCUAGCCACAGAUGACAUACGCUUCGGUCUGAAGGUCGGCAUUGGUGCCAUACUCUAUGCCAUGUUUGCCUUCAUCCCACAAACGCGGCCAAUUUACCAACACUGGCGUGGCGAAUGGGGCCUCCUCUCGUUCAUGAUCGUCUGCAGUAUGACAGUGGGCGCCGCGAAUACGACGGGCUUCUCGCGAUGGUUUGGUACACUUGUUGGUGCUGCUUUUGUUCUUCUGAACUGGUGGAUCUCGGGCGGCGAUGCCAUCCCACUCGCGAUACUCGGAUGGCUCGUUUCCUUUGGAUCCUUUUACCUCAUGGUAGACCGAGGCAAUGCACCACUGUGCCGCUUCAUUCUUCUGAGUUACAAUGUAUCUUCGUUAUACGCGUACUCACUAUCCCAGCAAGUCGAGGAUGACGAUGAUGACGAAGGUGGAAUUCAUCCCAUCAUCAAGACCAUUGCCUGGCACAGAGUUGUUGCCGUCUCUAUGGGAAUCCUCUGGGGUCUUAUCAUCUGCCGCGUUAUUUGGCCUCUAUCGGCCCGCCGCAAGUUCAAAGAAGGUCUCUGCGUCCUUUACCUCCAAAUGGGCCUCAUCUGGAAGCGCGGUCCUCUUGCCAUUCUCCUCCGCAAUGACUCAACCGGUACAUAUAUGAAGGUGGGCGAGCAAGAGGCCAUGCAGCGCUACGCCAACCAACUACAAACCCUCCGCAGCGCUGCCACUAGCGAGUAUGAGCUACGGGGACCCUUCCCGGCUGAAGCUUAUGGCCGUAUCCAAGCAUCCACUCAGCGACUGCUAGACGCCUUUCAUGCCAUGAGCUUGGUCACUCAGAAGCAUGGUCGCCUAAGCACGGGUGAGAAGGCACUGCUCUAUCACACAGCUGAGGAGCGUUCACAGCUUUGCGCACGGACAUGCCACGUCUUCCAGGUGUUGGCAAGCAGUAUUAUGCUCGAGUAUCCGCUGACGGAUGCCAUUCCCAGCGUCGAAGGAACACGUGACAAGUUGCUGGGUAAAAUAUUUCGAUUCAGGAAGGGGUAUGAUGAUGGAGGGGAAGAAUCGACCGGAGAGCCGAACGGCAACGGGAACGGAAAAAGUGCUAUGAUGGGCACUGUGACCAAAGUGCCCAAUUUGGGGACCGUCACAAUUGAGGAAACCGACUAUGCGCUAUUGUACGCAUAUGCGCUGGUUACUGGCCAGGUGGCCAAGGAACUCAAGAACGUUGAAAAGGAGAUCGAGGGACUGUUUGGGAGACUGGACGAGGAUGCCCUUUUGUUGCAGUAAUAACUUGAAGGCGUCUGGAUGUACUUGGACGCAACCGUUGCUCUAGGUCUGUGUGUCUCUGGCAGGCUAGGUUUUUCAUGAUGGAUGGUAUCGUUCCUACGAUAUUGGCA